UUCGUCUGCCUUUCGCCCGUAGUUAGCUGGGAUAGGCUCCAGCGACUCUUGUGAGGAUAAGCGGCUCGGAAAAUCGAUUAAUGUGUGAAUGAGGAAGCACUUGAAUGAUUUCUUAAAUGAACGAAUCUUUGUAAUGGACUGAUUCUAAUGAUUCAGUACACUCAAAAGCACUGUCGAGGCCAUCACUAGUGUUCGGAUAUUUCCGAUAGUUAUGAACGCGUCCUUCCUGACACAGUGAAGCAGGAGAUCGUCGCGCACGUAAAGUAACCUCCGGUCCUCAUCUUCAAGCCUUGCGUGACGUCAUGCUGCCUUUCGCAACCGGGCUCGAUGGAAGAAACGUGGAGUUGGAUGUGUGAAAGGAAAUUCACGUUUUACUAACAUCAGUAACUAUCGUCGCUCUUAGAGUAAUUUUGACUUUUGAAAUCUCAUCGUGUCUCCACUGUCUCUCCAGGUUUCCAAACAGAGCUAGCCACAGAGGUUUUGAGGGUUGCUCACGAGUGUCAGGUUGUCAAUAAUGGAGUACAUGCAGUCUACCACCACAAGCACUCAGGGAAAUAUUCUGUGCUGCACUUGUGGUGUCCCAAUUCCUCCGAACCCAGCCAACAUGUGCGUGGCUUGUCUGCGCACUCAGGUGGACAUCUCUGAAGGAAUUCCUAAACAAGUUACAGUGCAUUUCUGUAAGCAGUGUGAAAGGUACUUGCAGCCUCCUGCCACAUGGGUACAGUGUGCUCUGGAGUCCAGGGAGUUGCUCGCCCUUUGUCUGAAAAAACUUAAAGGCUCUAUGACAAAAGUGCGUCUUAUUGAUGCUGGCUUCUUGUGGACAGAGCCUCACUCCAAAAGGAUUAAGAUGAAACUCACCAUACAGAAAGAAGUGAUGAACGGUGCCAUUUUACAGCAAGUCUUUGUGGUGGAGUUUGUCAUCCAGCCUCAAAUGUGUGAUGACUGCCAUCGUGUGGAGGCGAAAGACUUUUGGAAGGCUGUGGUCCAAGUGAGGCAGAAGACUUCCCACAAAAAGACAUUCUACUAUCUGGAGCAGCUAAUCCUCAAACACAAGCUCCACCAGAAUGCCCUCAACAUCAAAGAAAUUCAUGAGGGCAUCGAUUUCUACUACGGCUCCAAGCAGCAUGCUCAGAAGAUGGUCGACUUCCUCCAAUGCACUGUGCCCUGCAGGUCAAAGAUGUCACAGCGCCUCAUCUCUCACGACAUCCACUCAAACACUUACAACUACAAGAGUACCUACUCUAUGGAGAUAGUACCUGUUUGUAAGGACAACGUCGUCUGCCUGUCACCACGGUUGGCGCAGAGCCUGGGAAACAUGGGACAAGUGUGCGUGUGCAUCCGUGUCACCAGUACCCUCCACCUCAUUGACCCAAACACCUUGCAGAUUGCUGAGGUUGAUGGGAGCACAUACUGGCGCCAUCCCUUUAGCAGCCUCUGUAACCCACGGCAACUGGAGGAGUUUAUCGUUAUGGAUAUUGACAUCAUCAGAGACCAGAAACUGGCUGCUGGAGCCGGCAUGCGAUCCAAUAAGCACACCCUGGCUGAGUUGUGGGUGCAGAAGACAUCAGAGAUGGACACCUGCCAGCAAUACCACUGCCGCACAUUCUUGGGCCAUCUGCUCAACAUUGGAGACUUGGUGAUGGGGUUUGACUUUGCCAAUUCCAAUGUCAACGACGAGUUCUUGAAUAAGAUGAACCCUCAUCAUGUACCAGAUGUAGUGCUAAUCAAGAAGAGCUAUGACCGCAGUCGCAGAGUGAGACGCAGGAACUGGAAACUGCAGGAGAUGGCCAGAGACAAAGAGGGCAUGGACACAGAUGAUGAGCGGCAAUACCAGGACUUCCUGGAGGACUUGGAGGAGGAUGAGGCUCUGAGGAAGAACGUGAACAUCUUCAGAGACGCUUCAAAGAUCCCAGUGGAGAGCGAUACCGAUGAUGACGGCGCACCACGUAUCUCCUUGGCAGAAAUGCUGGAGGAGCUCAGCCUCUCGGACGCCACAGGCGGGGAGGGGGCCGACAUGAUCGAGUAGACAAAGCCACACCACAAGAGCUCAACUAAAACGUCUCAUUUGGCAGCAGAUUGAGAUCUGAUUGAAGCAGAUUCGGAUCGGUAUCAUGCAGUUUAUUGGUAUUUUAUUUAGUUUUUUCCUGCUCCAGUCAUGUAAUAUUUUGAAUGAGAGAGCUAACAAAUGUCAAAAAUAAAAAUUCAUCCAUAUGCGAACUA